AAAAAAAAAAAGAGAAAAAAACAGGUCGAAAUUGGCGCCCCUUUCUUCAUUCUCUUAAUCAAAUUAAAUUCUCUUCGCCCCAUAUCCGACACCGUUUCUUCUCGUUCAUCGUCAAUCCUUCCCAAUCUCACGCGUAACUGAUUCUCGUUUCUCUUCCUUCAUUUUUUGGAGGCGCCAUGUCGGUGCGGAGAAGAACUCUGCUCAAGGUCAUCGUUCUCGGCGAAAGCGGGGUUGGCAAGACGUCGUUGAUGAAUCAAUAUGUUCAUAAGAAGUUUAGUCAGCAGUAUAAAGCUACAAUUGGUGCUGAUUUCGUUACUAAAGAACUCCAAAUUGAUGACCGGCUUGUCACUCUACAAAUAUGGGACACAGCAGGGCAAGAGAGAUUUCAGAGUCUUGGGGUUGCUUUCUAUAGAGGGGCAGAUUGCUGCGUUCUAGUUUAUGAUGUUAAUGUUAUGAAGUCGUUUGAUACUCUUGAUAAUUGGCAUGAGGAGUUUCUUAAGCAGGCAAGCCCAGCUGACCCCAGGAUAUUUCCAUUUAUAUUACUUGGGAACAAGAUUGAUAUUGAUGGUGGGAAUAGUCGAGUGGUGUCUGAGAAGAAAGCAAAGGACUGGUGUGCCUCUAAAGGAAACAUACCUUACUUUGAGACAUCUGCAAAAGAGGAUAUCAAUGUUGAUGCUGCAUUCUUGAGUAUUGCUAAAGCUGCUCUAGCCAAUGAGCAUGAGCAGGACAUAUAUUUCCAAGGCAUUCCUGAGGCAGUUUCAGAGAGUGAGCAAAGAGGUGGUUGUGCUUGCUGAAGUGGAGCCAACCUGUUGGGCUGAAUAAUUACCGAUAUUUUGGUUUGGUAAUUCUUCAUUUUUGUUUUUAUUCUUGGCAGUCCUUGUGAUUCAUGGCCAUUUUUGUAUACUAAGCUUUGCAGUUCGAGGCAUGCUCAACUGUUAUAUUGAUAUUGGAAAAGACUUGUUAUUUGAGAAGAUUUUACGUUGUAGUUGAUUGUUAAUUUUGGUUUGGAGUUGGAAUCAAAUUUUUUGGGCAUGAAUGUGAUGCUCAUUUGAGUUGUAGUCUGCUGGCUGCCACUGAAAAUUGGGUGGAGUCAUUUAUUGUAUUAUGUUUCAGAAUUGAACUUGGCAAUUUAUUAACAAAUGUA